AUGAGUGUCGACCUGAAGGUUUUGUUAGAGGCUCAAACCGACAUCCACGGACGAAUGUCUCGCUCCGUGGACAACCUCCGCAAGAUGGGGGUCACCAAUAUCACCACCGGUUCCAUCCAGGCUCGCCUCACCAUCCUCGACAACCUCUGGGCGAAAUUCGAGGCUCAACACGAACUGAUACGAGCGGCUCUUAAAGAUAGAUACUUGGAGAGUGAGUACGCCAAAGCUGAUUUUAUCGAUACUGCGGAAUAUACUUACAUGUCUCAGCGAAGCACGUUUACCGACUACGCUGAUAGACUAAAGGCGGAGUCAGUUACCGCACCCAAAAUCGAGCCGAAGUCGGAAUCUUCUCCAAAAACCGCGUUGCCGCGUAUAAAACUGCCGCCGUUUUCGGGCACUUACGAAGACUGGCCUUCUUUUCGGGACCUUUUUUUAUCCCUCGUAGAAGAGAAUCCGUCGAUCUCGAACAUUGAGCGGUUUCAUUACCUUCACUUCUGCGUUAAAGGAUCUGCGGAAAAAUUAAUCCGAUCAUUAACGAUAACAAGCGAGAAUUACGACCGCGUGGACGAUCUUGGCAAAACACUUUGA